GUUAAAAAUUUAAAGGAGUCUGGUAAGUCGGGCAAGUCUUUGACUUGGAUCAUUGAUGGACAUGAUAUUAACUAUUUUAGGCAUUGGCGUCACUCAAACUCUAGAGAUUCUGCAACAGCAGAACCCUCAUGUCCCCCUUCUCCCCAGGGAUAUCUACAACGCGAGGGCUGCGAUAAAUCGAAACCCACAAAAGGUUGAAGCCGGCAUUGCUGAAUCGCGGCCGGCAAUAUAUAGCAAGCCAGCCCCGUCUGCCGAAGAACGAAUACGAUCAGACCUUAGACGGGAGCUAGCCCGAACCAAGGAAGAAUUGGCGAAGGUCAAGGAUGAUUCGAAAAAGGAACUAGACGAAUUAAAGGAGAAGAUACGCGAGAAAGAUAAAAUCAUUGAAAAAUUUGAGAUGUUUAUCGACAUAUGCAACCAACGGGUUAUGGUGCAGAGGGAGAGACUGAGCGACACAGGAGAGGGCAAUGGCGGACCAGGGACAUCCAGUAACUAAAGAGGUCUACGAUAUGCAUAUCUCAAAAUGGCUUCAAAAUCAAGACAUGUACGGUCCGGGUCUGGAUUAUUUAGGAGGGAGCAUAGGCGUCUCGAGGAUUACGACUGGAAUUGAUGGCAUACGGCGGGGUUUGGAGUUCUAUGGGAUUGUGGCUACUAGGGAGGGAUACAGUUGGACGCCAACUUUGCAUAUAACUUGAUGCUUUGGUAGGCAGGAAUGGGCAAGGCCUACUUGGGUAUGGCAACGGAAAAAAUAGACAUUGGGGCUCAUUAUACGGAUCGCUACUAUUCUUUACUCUAUUGCCAUGGCUUUAUACUGUGUACCACGAACAACUUAGACCUACCCGUCCCUUGAAUGACUAAAAUGCAUGGUGUAUGACUGGAGC